GACUAAUUUGGACUUGUCGUUUAAGCGAUCCCGCGAAAUCUUCUCUCACUUUCAUUGUCUCCGUCAUCGUCGCCAUGGCUGAUGACUCCGCAGACGUGUCGUACCCCUCCAUAGAUCCUUCCACCUUCGACCUUAUCGUCGUCGGGACUGGAUUGCCGGAAUCCGUCAUCGCCUCUGCGGCUUCCGGAGCCGGUAAAUCCGUCCUCCACCUCGAUCCCAACUCCUUCUACGGCAGCCAUUUCUGCUCUCUCACCCUCGACGACUUCACCUCUUUCCUUCACUCCCACCUCAACAAUCCAUCAUCCUCUUCAAUGGAAGAUUCCACUGUCAACGACGGUGGCGAUUACGUUAUCGCCAAACUCAAACCCCGUCGUCUAUACUCCGACAUCGAGAUCUCCUCUCACGUAUCUCCAGAAUCUCUCGGACCUUCGCGAAAGUUCAAUUUGGAUCUCGCGGGACCUAGGGUUCUGUUAUGUGCCGAUUCGGCUAUCGAUCUGAUACUGAAAUCCGGGGCAAGCCAUUGCUUGGAGUUUAAGAGCAUUGAUGCGACUUUCAUCUACGGACUUGACGGUGAUGGGAAGUUCUUGACUGUGCCGGAUUCUCGUGCGGCGAUUUUUAAAGACCGGAGUCUUGGAUUGACGGAGAAGAACCAGUUGAUGAGGUUUUUUAAGCUCGUUCAGGAGCAUUUUGGAUCUGUGAGUGCUGACGGUGACAGGAAAGAAGAGCGUGGGAGGAUUUCGGAGGAGGAUUUGGAGAGUCCCUUUGUUGUGUUCUUGAAGAAGCAGCGGUUGCCACCGAAGAUUAAAUCGAUUAUCCUUUAUGCAAUAGCCAUGGCAGAUUAUGAUCAAGAUGGCCCUGAUGUCUCUAAGAAUCUUCUCAAGACAAAAGAUGUAGUACAGAGUUUAGCUCUCUACCACUCAUCAGUUGGCAGGUUUCAAAAUGCAAUGGGGGCAAUGAUAUAUCCUAUUUAUGGCCAAGGGGAGCUGCCCCAAGCUUUUUGUCGGCGGGCUGCUGUUAAAGGUGCCCUCUAUGUCAUGCGCAUGCCAGUGACAUCUGUGCUCCUCGACAAGGAAAAUAAGCAUUAUAAAGGUGUUAGAUUGGCAUCUGGCCAGGACUUAUUUAGCCAUGAACUAGUUAUGGAUCCAUCCUUUACAGUUCGGUUACCGGCAUUGUUGUCCCCUUCCUCAAAUCUACAGCAUGAAUAUGCUUUAGUUUCUAGUCUGAAAGGCAUUGAUGGGAAAGUGGCCAGGGGAGUUUGUAUAAUAAGAGGUUCCAUAAAGCCAGAUUUAUCAAAUUUGCUGGUGGUAUUUCCUCCUAGAUCAUUGUUCCCUGAGCAGGUGACAUCGGUUCGAGCCCUCCAAUUAGGUAGCAACAUGGCUGUUUGUCCCUCAGGCUUGUCUGUUUUGUAUCUUUCGUCUCUUUGCGAUGCUGCUGCUCAAGGAAAGGAGCUGUUAGAAGCAGCCAUGAAUGUUCUUUUUCCACGUUUCCUUUCCAAAAACUGUGAAGGUAGUGCCUCUGUGGAAACUGAGGGUACAGCAGGAGAAACCAAGCCCACUUUGAUGUGGAAUGCAAUUUAUAUUCAGGAGUUGGAAACGGGUUCAUCGGAGGCAAUCAACUUGUGCCCUAUGCCAGAUGGAAAACUGGACUAUAGUGACCUCUUAGAAUCAACGGUGAAGCUUUUUGAGAAGAUAUAUCCGCAACAAGAAUUAUUCCCGCAUACAGUGACUGAGACUACUGAGGAUGAUGGUGACUUCCCUGGCGACAUUCCAGAAUGAGAUAGUUUACUUAAACACAAGAAAAUUUGAAAAUCAUCAGGGAUAUAGCACAAAUUGGAACUCUGGUUUUGUCAAAAUUGAUUAUGGAGAUCCUUGUUUAAGCUGCACAUGGAUUCGUCACGUACUGUACUCUAAGGUCUCCAAUGAAGCUUGUCGAACCAAGUUUUUUAGUGUACAAAUUCUGACUAUUACAGAGAAAAUUUAAUGUCUUCAUAGAUGAAAAGUUUUCACUGAAAAUGUUUGCUAGCCUGAACCGUGUGGGAUUGGAGAAGCAAGUCCCAGUAGUUAGAGAUAGACAAUAGAAUAUUU